UGCGAGUUGGGAUAUAAACGGUGUCCGUAGCUUUUUAACUGGCCUACCAUCGUUUGGAAUCCAUGAAUCAAUUAUACUACUUAUGUCUAGUAACUAAUUACAAUUGUUUGUUGGCUACAAUGAAAUCCGUGCAGUAUUGUAAUUGAUUUGGGGAUGAAAUUGAAUGGAAUCUUGGCAGUUUCUAUCGCUAUGAUUUAAAGAUUUCGUGAUGGAGACAAUAGGAGAAUAUUCUUAUUUUCGCAAGGAUCUUAUCGGACAUGGAGCGUUUGCCAUGGUCUUUAAAGGCAGACACAACAAGAAUCUGGAUAAACUCGUGGCUGUUAAAGUGAUUGCGAAGAAGAAUCUCUCUCGGUCUCAAGGCAUUCUCGGAAAAGAGAUUAAUAUACUUAAGGAGUUAGCAUCUCUGCAGCAUGAAAAUCUUGUGUCGCUCCUCGAUUGCAAGGAAAGUGCACAAAAUGUCUAUUUGGUGAUGGAAUACUGCAACGCAGGGGAUCUGUCCGAAUAUCUUCACGGAAGCGGCGCCUUGACGGAAGAUACGAUUCGGUUAUUCGCUAAGCAGUUAGCGGCGGCUAUUCGAAUAUUAAAAUCGAAGGGCAUAGUUCAUCGAGAUCUGAAACCACAGAACAUUUUAUUGUGUUGUAACGACGAACGUUACCGCGCUGGUAGCAACAAGGACCGUCGCCCCGAUCCUCAGAGUUUACAACUCAAAAUUGCUGAUUUUGGCUUUGCUCGUUUCUUGCAAGAUGGUGUAAUGGCUGCCACCUUAUGUGGAAGCCCCAUGUACAUGGCACCGGAAGUCAUCAUGUCGCAGCAUUAUGACGCUAAAGCCGAUCUUUGGAGCUUGGGAACGAUUCUUUAUCAGUGUUUUGUUGGUCAGGCUCCAUUUCAGGCCAGCAAUCCGCAACAGCUGAAGCAGUUCUAUGAGCGUAAUCAGGAUUUGAAGCCAAAUAUUCCUAGCAAGACUUCCCCGGAGUUUCGUGAUCUUCUUCUUCGACUCCUGAAACGAAAUCCUCGCGAUCGGAUCGAAUUCGAUGAUUUCUUCGUACAUCCCUUCCUGUACACAUCUGUGCCUAGAGUCAAGGAGCCCCAGCUGCUCCACGAAUCUGUCAUGGAAACAAAUGCCACUCCAACCAUGACGCGUAGUCAGCGAAGCGCGCCACGACUUAGAGAAGCCGAAGAGAAUUCCAGUAAUCACUCUUCAUUAUCCGCUGAUGACUAUGAAAUGGUCCCUUCCACUGUUGAUUCUCCCGAAGAAACUGAAAUAGACGUUGCAAAUGUUACUCGUGUUCAGAAGGAGAUAUCUCCACAGCGCAUGGUUUCGUCACCGAGACCUAUCUUGAGCCCGCUCCGGUCAUCAGUCUCACCUUUGCCUGCAGCGUCAGCGCCUCCCAGAGUUAGUCUUCCAAAUUUUGAUAACCGACCAAAGUCAGAUCCGAUGCUGGAGUCCUUAACGCCUCCUCCGGUGCAGUUUUGCAUGGGAACCCCUCCCAGCCAUGCUACUCGCAUAGUUUCUAUUCCCCGGCCUAUACAUAACCCCGAAGAAACGGUGCCCGAUUCACCGCGUUCAGGGUUUUCACCAAUUUCGGCCCUCUCCAAGCUGCCACGACCGGUGACUGGAAUAUUUGACGUAACUGCAAUCGAGCAGUCUCAGUCCAAAAUAUCGAGGGCCUACACACUGCCGGAAAUGCAUGCUUUAGGCAACGUUACCGCUCCUUUGGAACCCGAUUCUCCCCAGCCGGAAUACGGUGUACCACCGGCCUUUGCCGCUCCUAUGACAUCGCCUGUGUUAAGAGCAUCCACGGUAUCGCCUAGAGAUAGGAGAAUUUCGCUCAGCAUGGCCCGAACGCGCAACCGCAGUGGUUCCGAACUUCCAAGCCAAGCCUCCCCAACGGUAUUCGAAGAGCUGAUGAAUAUGGUGCCUCCGGAAUUAUCACAAGAAAUUUUGCUAGAGAAGGAGCACAAUGAGUGCUUAUCUAAACUUAUCUUUGUCAGACAUUUGGUGCAGUGUAUCACUGAAGUUGCCAAAACCAGGGACACACCAAUUCGGUUUGCGGGAGAUGUGGGAUCGCUGACUGCUGGUCAGGGAACGGAAGCGUUGCAGCGCUUUAAUGUGACCAGCCUUAGUCAAAAGUGGGCGGAGAAACUAGUUCUUUACUGGAAAGGUCUGCAAAUACUACAGACCGCUUUGGCAUACGCGCGAAAUGAGUACUCUUCUCGAAGGCUGCAACCAUCGAAUUCUAUGCGGAAUGCUGUCUCUUCAUUGCAUAAGUUGUAUGUGGAAUGUUUGGCGGUUGUUAAACGACUCAGUCGGAAUCAGUUGUUUGAGUCACUGGACAUGCAAACUAUCAAUAUUUCAGCGGAUGCUAUUCUCUAUGCGCAUGCGUUGGAAGCGUGCCAGUCUGCUGCUCUGGAUGAAUUAUUCGGCAACCCGGAAGAAUGCUUUAAUCGCUACGAAACAGCCUUCACCUUGUUACAUUCAUUGCAUCAGCAAGCUGACAACGAGCCGGACAAGGCCAUACUGCAACGCUACAAAGAAGCCGUACAGAAACGUUUGAUGAUUCUUCACAGCAAAGGUUAUAUAAGCGCAUAUGAAACAACGUUUUAACUUCGAGUCAUACAAAGCUUUAGCUGAGAUGCUUUUUUAAGUUUUACUGUGCUUCGUUUUUUAACGGCAUCAUGCAUGUGAUUAUGUUUGAUCAUUUGUACAGUGUGUGAAGAUUUGGCCGGUUCAUCUUCAUUUGUUUUGUUUUAGUCAUGGAUGUACAAUACACUUUGUAUAAAAAAUAUUGUAUUUG